AUGAGAUCUACAUCUCUUAUUUAUUCAAAAAAAAAUAAGCAAAUGCCACGUUCACAAGAUGAAAAAAACACUGAAAUGUUAAGAAAAAUGUCACAACUUCCUGGAAAUAAAAGAUGCAUGGAUUGCCAAGCAAUUGGUCCUGUUUAUGUAGUUAUUGAUUUUGGUACUUUUGUAUGUCAAACAUGUAGUGGUAUUCAUAGAGAGUUUGGACAUAGAGUCAAAUCCAUUUCUAUGGCAACUUUUAAGCCAGAAGAAAUAGCUAAAGUUAAAACAAUCGGCAAUGAAAAUGCUAGAAGAAUUUGGCUUGGUCGAUGGACAACAGCUGAUUACCCAUUACCUGAAAGUGGAAAUGAAAGAAGAAUUAGAGAGUUUAUGAAAUUAAAGUACCAAGACAAAAAGUGGUUUGACCAAGCUGCUUACAACCAAAUUAUGAAUGGACAAACACCUCCCCCUGUCACUCAUCAUCCUGUUGUUCAAGAAAAUAUACCUAAUAACACUCAACCAAUUCAACAACAACCACAACAAAUUCACAAUACUCAGAACGCAGGCUUUUGGAAAGACGACGAUAAUGUUGGACCAAUUAAACCAGCCCAACAACAACACAACCAAAGCAUUUUAAAUAUUCAAAAUGAACAACCUAAAAAGAAAGUUGAUUUCAUGGCUCUCUUUGACCAAGCUAUGCAACAACCUGCUCCUUCCCAACAACCUCAAAUCCAACAACAAGCACCAAUGGACCUUUUUGCUCAACAACCAAAUCCUUCUCAACAAUAUCCUGCUUUUAAUAUGCAACAACAAUACCCUAUGUUUACUCAACAACCAGCAGCUUCUACUCUUAUGCAACAACCAACACAACCUAUGUUUACUCAACAACCAAUACAGCCUAUGGGCUAUCAACAACCAACACAACCAAUGAAUUACCAACAACCAAUGAUGCAACAACAAUACUCUAUGUUUACUCAACAACCAACACAACCUAUGGGCUAUCAACAACCAGCAGCUUCUACUCUUAUGCAACAACCAGCAACCACUACUCCUGUUCAACAACCAAAACCACAACCGAAACCAGAUGUUUUUGCUUCACUUGGGUCUUAUCAUCCAAAAGCAAAAACAACACAACCUGAGCCUCAAGCAGCCCCUGCACCAUCUGGAAGUGAUGUCUUUGAUUUUAUCUAAAGGAGAAGACUUACUUUUUCUUUUACUUGUCUCAUGGAAAAUAGCUAAAAGUUUAUUGAUUGGCUGUUUUUUGUUA